AUGAAUUACUACUUGGCUGCGUUUGUUGCGUUUAUUAGCUACAUAUUGUACAAGAGCUGUAUUUAUCCUUUAUAUUUAUCCCCAUUAAGUAAAAUUCCUGGUCCACCUGUUGAUAAUUUCAUUCUUGGACAUUUGGCCUCUUUAUUAAACAAAGAGAUAGGUGGAGCUUUGGCUAACUUGGCCAAACAAUACGGUGGAAUAAUUCGAUGUCAUUUCAUAUUCAGUACACCUUUUUUAGUGAUUUCCGAUCCAAAACUUGUCCAACAAGUAUUGCUUAAUCGCCCUUAUGAUUAUUCAAAGCUCUUCCCAAAGAAAGCCAAGGAAUUGUUUGGCGAAGGUAUUUUUAUUGCUGAAGGAAAUUGUCAUAAACGACAAAGAAAAAUUAUGAAUCCUUCAUUCACUUUUGCCAAUAUCAAGGAAAUGGUUCCGACGUUUGUUCAAGCUGGUCAUAAAUUAAAAGAUAUCUGGAUGAAACAAAUUGGUAAUAAGAAAAAAGAAAGAAUCACCAUUACUGAUUUAGUUGGCAAGAUAACUUUAGAUGUCAUUGGCCUUGUUGCUCAAGCAUAUAAAGCAAUAGUUGGUCGUAAUCCUUCGCCUUUAUACGCGGCUCUUGAAGAACUAUUUCCGUUCAUUAGGAAAUUUCCAACUGCCUACAACAAGCAAUUUGAUGAUUCUAUUAAAGUUAUCAAAAAUAUUUCCGAGAAAUUAGUUAUUGAACAAAAAAAUGCCACUGUUCGAGGAAAUGAUAUAUUAUCUUUAUUGAUUAAGUCAAAUGAAAACUUUCCUGUUGAUGAACAAUUAACACAUAAUGAAUUAAUUAGUCAAGUUAUGUCAAUCCUCUUUGCUGGACAUCAAACAACUAGCAUUGCACUAUCUUGGAUAUUAUACAAUCUCGCAAAAAAUCCUGAUGUACAGAAUCGUCUUCGUAAAGAAGUGCUAGAUACAUUUACUGAUCGUCAUCAUUGUCCAACCUUUGAUGAAAUUGAACAUUUGAAAUAUUUGGAUUGUGUUAUAAAAGAAUCUUUAAGGAUUGAUCCGCCUGGAAUGAAAAUGGCUAAUUUGGAACUUAGAAUUAUCGUAGCUAUAAUUAUUAGAAAUCUUGAGUUUAGAUUAGUUGAUGGUUUUACAUUUGGUAAAAAAUUUUUCGGUUUAUCUGAACCUCUUCCUGGAAUUGAUUUAUGGGUUUCAAAA